GCAAAGUGGAGAAUAGAGCAAAAGCAAAUUUCAAAAGUGAGGUUAUGUAAUCGAAUGUUUAUGUGUAUUUACAUGUAAUCGGCACAAAUUUUGAAUCUUUAGUGUAAUUCUUAGGGUUCUACAGAUCUUCUGAAUCCGCAUAAAGCUAUAAUUCAGUUUUUGCAAGAUUCGGUAUAGUUUAUUUAAUAUGACACGUGAGGGAAAUUUUCCUCGUUUGUUUAAUGUAAACAUAUAGCCAAUAGAAUUCAUUGCUGUACUACUGUUAAAAGGCAUUACUGUGCCAGCAGGAUGGUAGGAGAGCUUGGAGAAAACCACAGGGAAACAAACAUAAAAAUUGGAACCCACAAUGGAGUCUUCCACUGUGAUGAAAUAUUAGCAUGUUACAUGCUGAAAAGAAUUCCACUGUAUCAGAAUGCGGAAAUUGUACGAACACGAGAUCAGAAUAUCCUAGAUGCAUGUGACAUCGUUGUAGAUGUUGGAGGAGUAUAUGACCCAGCACGUCAUCGUUACGAUCAUCACCAGCGGGAAUUUGAAGAGACAAUGAAUUCUCUCACUCCUGAUAAACCAUGGAAGACAAAAUUAAGCAGUGCUGGUCUAGUAUAUCACCAUUUUGGUGAUAAAAUAAUCAGAGCUGUUCUUGGGGAUGAACCCUGUGAUGAUGCUGUCAGGAAUGUGUACAACCAAGUGUAUGAGUACUUCAUUCAAGAAAUUGAUGGAAUAGAUAAUGGCGUUCAGAUGUUUGAUGGGGAACCAAAUUAUAGAAUCACAACGAACUUAAGUUCUAGAGUUGGUAACUUUAAUCCAGCAUGGAACAGCAAUGUUCAAGAUGAAACUGAAAGCUUUUACAAAGCAUAUGAAUUAGUCGGAAAAGAAUUUGAAGAUAGAGUAAAAUCUGUGGCCAAUAUAUGGUGGCCAGCCAGACAUCUUGUAAGACAGGCCUUGGAGAACAGAUACAAAACUGACCCUUCAGGAGAGAUAAUUGAAUUUCCUGAUGGAAGAGCCUGCCCUUGGAAGGAGCAUUUGUUCCAGCUGGAGAGGGAGUUGAAACUUGAGCCCAGUGUGAAGUUUGUCCUGUUCAGUGACAGUAAUGGCAGUUGGCGAGUUCAGGCUGUACCUAUAGCUGUUGGAAGUUUCAUUUGCCGACUCUUUCUUUUGGAGGAAUGGCAAGGCUUGCGAGAUGAAAAACUGUCAGCAGUGUCUGGAAUUGGUGGUUGCAUAUUUGUUCAUGCAACAGGAUUUAUAGGUGGUAACAAGACACGAGAAGGAGCACUUGAUAUGGCUGUCAAGUGUUUAAGAAAAAGAGAUGCUAUAUUAUAAAUUUGCACUUAAUUGUAAUGAAUUAUGUGAAUCUCAUUAAAGUAAGAAUAAAGUAUGAAAAUGUUUUUGUGA